AUGCACUUUCAAAUCCAACACUUGCUGCGCUUAAAUCUCUCUACUGCUCAGCGCAAGAGGACACUCGAGAGGAUAUUAUGGACUGUUUCAGCACAACAACGUGGUGGAAGAGCAGCAGGAUCGCAUGCAUCUGCACACAUUAAGAAGUAUUUCGCCUUGCAGUAUUGUAGGAACUAUGCAUCCGACACUGCUUACAGCCGAGCCUUCGCCUCUGCCAGGGAUAACCCGGAGACAUUCUGGGCUGAGAUGGCACAGGAUAUAAACUGGUUUGAACCAUGGAGUAAAACACUGCACGUUGAGGAUCCAGUGUUCCCUAACUGGUAUGUGGGAGGGAAGUUGAACAUGUGCUACAAUGCUGUGGAUCGUCACGUAGACAGCGGCCGUGGUGACCAGCCUGCCAUCAUUUAUGACAGCCCGGUUACUGGAAUUAAACAGAUCAUCACUUUCAGGGAACUUCAGGACCAGGUAUCAAGGCUAGCAGGAGUGUUGGUGAAGAAUGGAGUCCAGAAAGGGGAUCUGGUGGUUAUCUACAUGCCCAUGGUGCCCCAGGCCAUGUUCACUAUGUUGGCGUGUGCACGGAUCGGUGCCCCACACAGCCUCAUCUUUGGCGGCUUUGCCUCCAAAGAGCUUUCUGUCCGCAUCAAUCAUGCCAAGCCCAAGCUGAUGGUUACAGCCUCAUUUGGCAUUGAGCCAGGCAGAAGAGUAGAGUACAUCCCUCUGGUGGAGAAAGCUUUGGAGAUGAGCUCUCACAAACCCUCUAAAGUCCUCAUCUACAACCGGCCUAAUAUGGAGAAAGUCUCAAUGAACCCGGAGUUGUCUCUGGACUGGGAAGAAGAGAUGGCCACUGCUCGACCUCAUGACUGUGUUCCUCUUCCAUCCAACCAUCCUCUCUACGUCCUCUAUACAUCUGGAACCACUGGAACACCAAAGGGUGUUGCACGAGACACUGCAGGCUAUGCUGUGAUGCUGAAAUGGACCAUGUCAAAUAUUUAUGGACUCAGUCCUGGAGAUGUUUGGUGGGCGGCGUCCGACCUGGGCUGGGUGGUUGGCCAUUCAUAUAUCUGCUAUGCUCCUCUGCUCCAUGGUAACAGCACAAUUCUAUAUGAGGGUAAACCUGUAGGGACUCCAGACCCUGGGGCAUUCUUCCGUGUGCUGUCUGAACACGGAGUCUCCUCCAUGUUCACAGCACCCACUGCACUCCGAGCCAUUCGCCAGCAGGACCCCAAUGUUGACAUUGGGAUGAAAUAUCCCCUGUCCAGGUUGCAGUCAUUAUUCUUGGCAGGAGAGCGUUGUGAUGUGGAGACGCUGGAGUGGGCAAAGCAGAGCUUUGGGGUCCCUGUCCUGGAUCACUGGUGGCAGACAGAAACCGGCUCAGCCAUCACCUCUACGUGUAUCGGUCUGGGGAACUCACUCACGCCCCCUGCAGGCCAGGCUGGCAAACCUAUUCCAGGUUACAAUGUCACAGUGAUCGAUGAUGACAUGCAGGAGGUGAAGCCAAAAACCCUGGGAAAUAUUGUAGUGAGACUACCUUUACCACCUGGUGCAGCAUUGUCUCUGUGGCAGAACAAGGAUCUGUUCAAAGAGCUCUACUUCACUAAAUUCUCAGGUUACUAUGACACCAUGGAUGCAGGUUUUGUGGAUGAGGAGGGCUUCCUUUACAUCAUGUCCAGGUCUGACGAUGUCAUCAAUGUGGCAGGGCACAGGCUGUCUGCUGGAGCUUUGGAGGAGUCAGUGCUGCAGCACCCUGCAGUGGGGGACUGUGCUGUAGUGGGUCUAGAGGACACUCUGAAGGGUCACGUUCCCUUGGCCUUAUGUGUACUCAAAAAUGGUGUCCAGAAAAGUCAAGAGGAGAUCAUAAAUGAGGUGGUAAAGCUUGUGAGAGACACAAUUGGGCCUGUUGCUGCCUUUAGGAAGGUGCUUUUUGUCCGUGGGCUGCCCAAGACCCGCUCUGGCAAGAUCCCUCGCUCCUCUUUAGCCAACUUGGUCAACGGCAAGCCUUACAAGAUCACUCCAACCAUAGAGGACCCCAGUGUGUUCAAGGACAUAGAAGAAACUCUUAGACCUGGCCGAGCCUGAAUUCAGCUGUGGGAUGACAGAAAACUGAGGUUGGAUCAAUUUGGGUUUCACAAAGUCAC